AUGGAUUUUCUUACUCCUGACAAAGUAGUUGGCACUUAUGAUUUGCGAUCUGACGUUAAAAACACUUCGACUAUACCUCCAGGAUACGUCCCUCCUCUCAUCCAAGGUCUUAGUUUAGAAGAUUCUGUACAGUCCACGUCAUGGUCCACUUCAAAACACAAGCCACACACUUUAUAUCUGGGGAUUAAUCACGGAUAUAAUGAUACCAGUUCAUUGGAUUCCAUUUUCUCACAAUCAAAUACUUUAAAUCAAAAUGUCAUAACAACCACAACCGCAAAAACAAUAUCGAAUGAUAAAUCAUCACAUCGAAAUAAAUCUUCAACUGUUCCAAAUGUUAUGAAAAUUGUACGUAAAAGUUAUGAUACAUUAGAUGUUGGUAGAAAUCGUUAUGAAAAACAUUUAAAAGCUGAUCCUGAAUUAAUUGCUCAACAAAUCACUUUAAUUGAAUUGGAAUAUUUUCAAGCAAUCGAAGCAGAUGAAUUUUAUACAUUAAAAUGGAAUAGUAAAGAAAAAUUACAAUAUGCACCAAAUAUUGUUGCUUCUACAAGAUGGUUUAAUCAAAUUAUAUUCUGGGUUCAAAAAUAUAUAUUAAAUGAGAAAAGUUUAUCGAAACGCACAGAAAUAUUAUCACAUUUUAUACGAAUAGCAAAAAAACUAGUUGAUUUCAAUAAUUUCUCAUCAGGAAUGGCUAUUAUAUCUGCAUUAAAUAUGCAAUGUAUUCAUCGUCUAAAUGCUACAUGGUCUCAUUUAACUUCACGUGAUCGUCAUACAUUUCGUAAAUUGGCUGAUUUAUUUUCACAAGAAGAAAAUUUUAUUAAUCUUCGUACAGCUGUAGAUCAUUCACGUCUACCAUGUAUACCAUAUUUAGGUAUUUAUCUUUCUGAUUUAACUUUUAUUGAUGUGGCUGCAUCAUCAUUAAAUAAUCGUCGUGAAAAUAGUACAUGGACUAAUCAAGGUAAACAAGAUCGAAUUAAUAAUAUAUUACGAAUUAUUGCAAAUUUUCAACAAUCCAAUUAUCCGUUUGUUCGAAAUGAAUCUAUAGCCAGUUAUUUAGAAGCACAACGUUACAUAGAAGAACUUCAACGAUUUAUUGAAGAUGCAAAUUAUAAAUUAUCUAUUCAAUUAGAACCUCCACCUACAUCAUCUCCACCAGAUCUAUCACGUCAAAAUUCAUCUUAUACUGUUCCACCGAAUUAUUCAUUUUUAAGUAGUAUUAACAGUAGUAAUGAUAAUAUAUUGAAACCUAUACCAAUUUAUAAUUGUACAACAAGCGUUACUUCCAACUGUGAUACAAUAACAACAACAACGACGUUGUCUUCCAUUAAAACUACCACAUCAUCAUCACCAUUAUUAUCCUGUAAAACACCAACUAUGAAUAACAAAACAACAAGAGUAAGGCAUCCUAAUAAAGGUAAUGCAGAACACAUGACAUCUAAUUCAACAGUAAGUCAACUAGAUAAACAAAUUAAAUCCAAUCCAACAUUAUGCAAUUUACUUGGACCACCAAUGAUACCUCCACCACCUCGUGUUAAACAAACCUAUUCUCAAGAAGAUAUUUCAAUACCAUCAAGUAAUUACAACCCUGUGGUGAAUUCAGUUCAACGACCUCGAAAAAAACCAACUCAUCGUAAACUAGGCAGUUGGGGAGGAUUCGGACUGUUAUUCUCUGAUAAUGAUGCAACACCAACUAUUGAUAAAACUGACAAUAAACAAAAUUCAUCUACUUCAACUACUAGUACUACUACUAACACUGGUAGCAGUAGUCAUCUUUUACCUCGAUCACCACAUUUUAAAAGAAAUGUGAAAUUAUCUGUUAAUAAUCCUGAAUCUACGAAAAAUUCCUUAUCCAAUCAGAACCAUGGAUUUGCCAAAAGAUCCUCACCUAUAAUACUCAAGAGAUAUAUGAAUAAUAAUAAUGAUAACAGUAAUAAUAAUAAUAACAAUACCAAAACAUCUAACCAACCCAAUGGCGAUUUAUAUUUUAUGUUUGGUGAUCAUCCAUCAUCUAAUUCCUCCAGGUCUUCACCUCACCUUCUUGUAUUCACUGAUUGCUUAAAUAAACCAGAUAAUCAUAAACAGUCAAUCAAAAAGGAACAAAUGAUCUCUCGUAAUUCAAUGCCUAUUUAUUCAUCAUCCUCGAAUAAUUCUGUCAUUGAACUACAAUGUAUUAUGCAAUCAAAAUCAACUUAUUCACGAAAUCAAUCGUCUAUUUUCCCCGAUGAUAUAUCCAAUGCCAAAACUGUUCCCGGUACACCAUGUCGUAGAAUAAAACAACAUCAUAAUUAUACCAAUAUGGGAAUGUCAAAUUUGGAACAGAAAAGGAGUACUAAUCUUACUACCACUGAUGAUGAUCAUCAUCAUCAUAAUAGUACUAGUAAUGGAAAGAAAAUCUCUGUUACUAAACUAUUACAUCAUAAUUCUUCACUCAAUUCACCAUCAAUGUUCUAUCAAUCAUCUCAAAAAGAUCAUUCAUUUAAUAAUUGUACUACACCAUUAACAAAUCAUUAUCGUCUUUCACAAACAUAUCCAUUUGUAUUGCCUACAACGAAAAUUCGAUCAUCAUCAUUACAUUUACCUGAGCUGUCAUCGCAUCAACAACAACAACAACAUUCUUCAACGAACCUAUCUCAUUUAGCUUUAGCUGCACUUGCAGCUGUUCAAGUAACCAUUUCUAAUAAUGAUGAUGAUAAGUAUAUUACAAAGGAUAAGGAUGUUACUUUUAUUCAUCAUCGUCAUCAUCAUCAUUCCCCGGUUUUAAUGUCAACAUCAAAUUAUUCUUGUUCACAAUCUUCUUCAAUAAACUCAACUUAUUUAAAUAUAAAAUUAGCAAAUAAUUUAGAAGUAAUUCGAGAAGGUCCUUUACUAUGUUGUACUACAUCUUUAACUUCAUUUAAAAUUGCCAAAUUUCAUAGUUCAUCAUCAGUCAAUAGUAGUACAUCACCAUCACAACUAUCAACUUCAUUCACAGAUCGUUUCAAUUUUUCCACUAUUUCAUCGGAAUUACAAGUAAAUUGUAGUCAGUCACCAGUGAAACAUAAGUCAAAUAUACAACCAAAUAUUGAUUAUAAUCUAAAUGAAAUACAUUCACCACCUACUAUCAACGCUAAUCUUUCCUGUUCAUAUUCAUCACAAACUUCUUUAUCUUCAAUGAAAUUAGAUUCAUCUACCUCGUUAUCGUCUUCCUCUAAUCAUCAUAAUCAUAGUGUACAUAAAGGUGAACAAUCAACAGAAUACCUCAAUGAACAAUUAUACUCUCCUCAACCCAUUUCAACAAGUUGUAAUUGUAAAUGUAUCAAGAAAUCACGUCGACUUCAUAAAAAAUAUAAAAAUUAUUGGGCUGUAUUAUUAAUCUCAUUGAAUAAUACUCAUUCAAUAAGUAAUGAAUGUGUUUUUUUAGUUUUAUUUAAAACUUAUACAAAAUCAUUAAAACAAUUCAUACCAUGGUCUAUUAUAUCUUCAAAUUUGAAUCCAUUGAAAAUGAGGAAAACUGAACUUUUAAACUCACCGAAUUAUUAUUCAGCUAGUCGAUGUAAAGUCUUACGUAUACAAGAUGCAUGUUUUGAUAAGCAUAAUACUCAAUCUCUGUUGAAGGAUAAUUGUAUUCAUCCAACUGUGUUAGUUUUAGAAAAUUAUUCAAGUAAAGAAAAAGUAUAUCGAUUGAUGUGUCCAAUUGCACAAUAUUCAUGUACACAGCCAAUGACAUGUAGAAAUUCAAAUAGAAGUUCUUCUAAAAUUAUUGAACAUGUAGAUCAACUUGAUGUUGCAUGCAAUUCUGAUAUCCAGAUUACAAAUAAUACACAUCGUGAUGUAAUCCCCUCUUGGUUAUGGACUACUAGAACUGUUCAUCGAUUUAGUCAAAUAAUUAAACAAAAAUUUGGUACUAUUUUUAAAAUUAAUCAAAGUAAACAUGACUUAUCAUCAAAUACAACAACAGCUAACCUUACUACUACCACUACUACUACUACCAUUCCAUCAAAUGAUUAUCUAUUAAAUAAAUCAUUUCAAUGGAUUUAUCCAUUACUUACACUUUUUCCAUCUGCUUCACAACAAGUAUCUAAGCAUAUAUUUCAAACAUCAUCAUUUCUUAAUUUAUCUACAAUGGAAUGA